AUGGGUGGCGCUCCCGUUACCCCACCAUCGUCAUCACCGGCGCAGGCCCCGCCACCGCAGCCUCAAAUCAUAACAUCGGAUAUCACACUUCAGGCGCCGCUUUCGAGGCGAGGGAAAGGGCCGGGUUUGGUUCUGGUGUUGAACCAUUAUGCGGCGAGGGAAGCGAAGGAGGGGUGUUUGGAUCCGCCGCCGCUGAAGAAGUGGGCGGAGGAGGGGUUCGCGGUUGUGCAGCUGCUGGUACCGGGCAAAGUCGAUGGCGAAUUUCCUCUCCAGAAGGCCUUGGACGUAUUGAGGGAUUGUGAGCAAUGCGAGUUCGGCAACGGUGUUGGACUGAUAUCAUACCUAUCCAGGAUUCCCUACUACCUCGAAGAAGCUGCCUGUCAGAACCCCGCGAUCAAGGCCCUUAUCUCUUACGGCGGCAAAAGCCUUUCCACACUAAGCUCGACAGCACUGCCACCUCAACUAAUACACGUCGCGGGGCUGCCAGACUCUCAUCGCCGCGAAUCAUGUUCAUUGCCGCUGGUCGGCGGCCCUUUCUUCGAUCUGGAGGCUGUGUGGGAAGAGCAUACCAAGUUCGAGUUCGGCGAGAGGGAUGUAGAGAAGACGAUGGCUACGAUGGUGGACCAGCCGUAUGUCAACCACAUCCCGACUAUGACCGGAGGCGUAGGCCAAGAGCGACUGACGGCGUUCUACACGCACCACUUCGUCUUCAGCAACCCACCCGACACCGCUCUUGCCCUCGUUUCCCGAACCGUAGGCAUAGACCGUGUGAUCGAUGAGUUCAUCUUCACGCUUACCCACACCAAAGAAGUUCCCUGGCUGCUUCCCGGUAUCCCUCCCACCGGAAAGCCACUCGCCAUACCGUUCACGAGUGUCGUUGCUAUGCGCGGUGAUCGACUGUGUCAUGAACACAUCAGCUGGGACCAUGCGACGGCGCUGAAACAAUUGGGUCUGCUGCCGGAGUACGUGUCUUUCCCGUACGAUAUCGAGGGCGCUGCGCCGCCGGAAGGGAAGAGAUUCGAAGUCAGACUGCCAGUCGUGGACAUGGAGGGGAGCAGGAAGUUGGUGGAUGAGAGUUGUGAGGAGAGUAAUGCGUUGAUGAGUGGACGGUGGCGGAUGGUCGACGAUGUAUGA